UCUACUUACUCAUCUCUGCCUCGCGCUCUGCGUCACUUCUUCUCUGCUCCCGGAGCAGUGGACGUUUCUUCUUCUUCCUCCGCUGGUGUUUUGACGUCAUCAUGUGUCACCGGCCGUCUCUCUCUACGUCAUCAGCGACCCGCUCAUGGCUGCAGGUGCCUCGCGCCGCCCUCCGGCGCCGUCUGAGCGUGCUCAGCGGAGCCGCCUCUCGACCCGUCCCGUGGCGCCGUCGGCCAAUCGCCUUCCUCUGCUAUGUUCUGUCGGUCGGCGCUCUGCGGCCGUUGGCUAAGCGGGUGGCGCUCUACCGCUCCUUCCCAACGCGCCUCCUCUCUCGGGCCUGGGGUCGCCUCAACGGCGUGGAGCUCCCCACCUGGCUCCGCAAGCCCGUCUACUCGCUCUACAUCUGGACCUUCGGGGUGAACAUGCAGGAAGCCGCCGUGGAGGAUUUAAUCCACUACAGGAAUCUGGGGGAAUUCUUCCGUCGGCGUCUCAAACCGGCCGUCCGUCCCCUGUGCGCCAACUCCUGCCUGAUCUCUCCAGCUGACGGGAAGAUCCUCCACUUUGGUCAGGUGAAGAACUCGGAGGUGGAGCAGGUGAAGGGGGUCACCUACAGCCUGGAGAACUUCCUGGGUCCACAGAAGGGGCGGGAAAAUGACUCCUCCUCCUCCUUCAGGGACCGCCUCCUCUCGUCCCCUGAUAACGACCUCUUCCACGUGGUGGUCUACCUGGCCCCAGGUGAUUAUCACUGCUUCCAUUCGCCCACCAACUGGAAGGUGGAGCUACGACGUCACUUCCCAGGCUCGUUACUCUCCGUUAACCCGGGCGUUGCUCGAUUGGUCAAAGAGCUCUUCUGCCUUAACGAGCGCGUUGCUCUCACUGGCCAAUGGCAGCACGGCUUCUUCUCGUUAACGGCGGUGGGAGCGACGAACGUCGGCUCCAUCCGGGUUUACUUUGACCAGGAGCUUCAGACCAACGUUCCCCGCUACAGUAAAGGCUCCUUCCACGACCGCAGUUACGUUGCCGCCGACAACCUCCUGUCAAAGGCGGCGGGCAAAGGGGGCGUGGCCUCCGGGGAAGGAGAGGGCGUGGUCCUACAGAAGGGCGCGGCGGUGGGCGAGUUUAACCUCGGCUCCACCAUCGUCCUGCUGUUCGAAGCUCCAAAAGACUUCAGCUUCAACCUGCAGGCAGGGCAGCGGAUCAGAGUGGGGGAGGGGCUCGGCAGCCUCUGAUUGGGGGAGGGGCUCGGCAGCCUCUGAUUGGUCGAGGGGCUCGCUAGCCUCUGAUUGGUCGAGGGGCUCGGCUGCCUCUGAUUGGGGGAGGGGCUCGGCAGCCUCUGAAUCGGGGGAGGGGCUCAGCAGCCUCUGAUUGGCCGAGCCGGGCACUCUGAGAGGGGGGGUUGAUGAUGAAGACCAGCCUGCGUCUGGUGGAAGACAAGAGUCUACUGCAUUGUGGGAGAUCAGUAUCAAAACAAUACCUGUGGAGGAGAUGAAGAGCACUACGACUCCCAGAAUGCCUUGCGCCGCAUGGAGGUGGAGUUGAAUGCCAAAGCUUUUUCUGUUGUGUCCGUGUCGCUCUUCCAGGAACUGAACCAACCAACAAAUGUACUCAAACAUUCACAUCACAUUUAACAAACUAAUUAUGACGUCGAACAUUCUGUUUAAGUUCCUCCGUCCUCUGACAGUUUGAAUGUGAGAAGCUUUAUUCUUUUAUCUUGGUUCAAAAGUCAUUUUCAACCUGUUGGGUUUCAAAAAUGUUCAUUUUCAAAACCCAACCGGAUGCCUGUGAUCGGCCAGAGAUAAUGUUGAUUAAUUAACCUCAAUCCUAUACUUUUUGUAAAAUGUUAUGAAUAAAUAUUUCUUUCUCA